ACUUCAAUACACAGGGACCUGAAGAAGAAACAUCAUGGCGGCUGCCGUGAAGACUUGAGCAUAACAAAGGAUGUAGAAGUUUAGUUUAGGAUCCAACAGACUCUGUAUAAUAUUGCACGCGACAUGGAUAACACGCAACAGCAUCCUGACUACUAUGGCGGCCACAGGGAGCCCCCUUACUCUGUCAACAGACCUCACGUACCGACACAGCUGGACCCGGCUCCUCCGCAGUGGGCUUCUUCACAGGGAUAUGACGGACACCCGUACGGAUUUAGAUACGACCUCCCUGCACUGCCUCCCAGGGAAGGGGGUUUCGGAGGACCCCGCUUGCCUCCUCCGUUUGGAUUUGACCCCACAGUCCCACCGCCUCCUUUCGGCUACCCACCACCUGGACAGUUCCCCAACAUGGUGCCCCCUGCCCCGGUAAACGUACACAGCAGCGGUCAUGGAGCAUCACCGUUUCACACAUUUGGUCAGCAGUUUAGACCCGUUCCUCAGAGUGCUCAGUAUGACCCGGAUGCAUGUCAGAGUCCGCUGCUUCCUCCGCGGGGUACCGGCCCGGACCGGAUUCCAGUUUCACAGAGACGAGUUGAGGAUGAAGCCGGCUUUCAGAGGAGCCAGGACCAGCAGUGGAUCAGACGCUUCUUACAAAGCAGAGACAAGACCUCCAGAGGUUCUCAGACCCAGCAGCCCCAGAGUCUCCCUGACAUGCAGACCCUGCAGCCCCAGUGUGUCCCGGAGCUGAGGCGGACUCUAUACCAGGCCGCUCAGCUGGUCUCCCAGCUGGCUGAAACCUGUGAUGCUCUGAGGAGAGGUGUGGAGGAGGACGGGGUCUGGACCCCUUCUUAUUCAGGUGCUCUCAAGCUGAAGCAGGAGCUGCAGAGCUCGCUGUCUGUGCUCAGCGACAGUCAGAACUUAGCUGGUUGGAAGGUUAAAGUGUCCCGGGUCGCUGCGAGGAGGUCCAGGAGGCUGAGAGCACGUAGACUGCUGCAGCUGGAGGAGAACCAGAGGAAGGAGCGCACCGCCGAGAAGGAGGCUGCUAUAGAUAAGUGGAGGCUGCAGCAGAUACAGCAGGUGGAGGAAAGGAAGAAGGAACAGGAAGUGAAGCUGGCUGCAGACACUGUCCUCUGUGAGGUGAGGCGGAAGCAGGCGGAUGUGAAGAGGAUGCAGGACGUGCUGAGAUCUGUGGAGAAGCUACGCAAACUGAGGAAGGAGGCAGCAUCCAGGAAAGGUAUCGUCACAGAGUCAGAGUGUGACGAUGCAUUCAGGGACCGUGUGGAGCAGCUGAGGAAUGUGAUGAAGAGGAGGACGGCGGUGUAUUCGGUGGAGGAGAAGGCUCUGAGGGUGAUGCUGGAGGGGGAACAGGAGGAGGGGAGAAGGAAGGAGCAGGAAAGGAAGAUGAGGAAGGAGAGGGAGAGACAGCUGCAGAGGAGGCGCAGAGUACAAACCAUCCUGUUUGGAGAGGAUCUUCCUGCUGACUCCGUGCUGCAGCCAUUCAAACACUACUACACUCAGGCUGAGAGAUCUCUGCCUGCCCUGCUGCAGAUCAGGAGACAGUGGGACAUGUUUGUGGUGGACUCUGAUCACCCUGAUGGCUCUACUGUUCCUCAAACCUGGAUCAUCCCUGACCCCCCCUCAGACCAGGUGUGGGCCUCUGCCCUGCAGCCUGAAGACUCAGAUUGAAACAUGCUCUGCGUCUAAUCUCAAACACACAGUUAUAAACACACAAACAGAGCUGUAACACACCGAGUAGGAGUGACUCUGACCUUAAACACGACACUAACACCUGUACCUGGGGGGUAUGCCAUGAAGCAGGAUUUUCAGCCUGUUGAUAACCAGUUUAGCCUCCUCUCUUAUGUCAGGUUUGUGAAGCCGGA